CGACGCUUCCCCGGCCGCGGCUCACCGGCUCUGGGUCAGAGUUCAGGGGUCAGAGUCUGGGUCCAGGCGUGAGAGAACGAACCCGGGGUGGUGCGUGGAGGCAUCACCGUCGGACGCCGGGACGUGCUUCAGUCGGGGUGACAAGCUGCAAAAUGUCACUUGUUCGUUCUGUCCACGCCAAAUGGGUCGUGGGGAAGGUGAUCGGGACAGCAAUGCAAAAAACUGCCAAAGUGCAAGUGAACAGACUCGUUCUGGAUCCCUACUUACUAAAGUACUUUAACAAGCGCAAAACUUACUUUGCUCACGAUGCCUUGGAGCAGUGCACAAUCGGAGACAUCGUGCUCCUCAGAGCAUUGGCAGUGCCUCGGGCCAAGCACGUGAAACACGAACUGGCCGAGAUCGUCUUCAAAGUUGGGAGAGUCAUUGAUCCAAUUACUGGGAAACCCUGUGCUGGAACAAAGUACCUGGAGAGCCCCAUAAGCUCCAAGACUGCCCCACCAAACCCAAGUCUGAAAGAACUGGAUAUUUCUUCCGCAUAGCAGCAUGAAGCUCUGAAGAAGCUGGCAAAGGGACGCACUGCAUCCUGGCAGGAGAUGCUUUUGUAAAUGUUUUCACUUUCAGCUAUCCCACUUCUGCAGAUGAAGUAUCCCAAACGAAACAAUAAGGGACUUUUUGAAAAGCUGGCUUUUUCACCACAGCUAAGGACUGUUUGAAAUCACCUUAUCAGAAUAACAGUGUAAAUAUCACUUAAAAUCUCUGAGCUUAUAGCUAAGAAUAAACCAGUUGUUUUGGAAAAGAC